AUGAUGUUCUUUUGGAUGUUUUUUAGUUCUAUCAGUCUCUGGUUUGCCACUGGCCUUUCUAUAUUUUACUGCCUCAAGAUUGCAACCUUCACUAAUUCCUGUUUUCUUUGGCUGAAAUUCAGGGUUUCAACGCUCAUUCUCUGGCUGCUCCUGGGCAGCUUGCUGGCCUCUUUAGGCACUGCGGCGAUAUGUACUAAAGUAGAAUUACCUAAAAUUGACUAUGCUGACUUCUUCACAAACACCACACUAAAGAGUGCUACAGCCAAGAUACAAAACAACAAUGAGUUGCUUCUUGUCAACUUGGCAUUAAUCCUCCCUCUAUCCAUAUUUGUGAUGUGCACUUCUAUGCUAUUCAUCUCUCUUUACAAGCACACUCACCGGAUACAAAACGGACCUAAUGGUUUUCCCAAUGCCAGGAGAGAAGCCCAUAUAAAUGCAUUAAGAACAGUGACAUCAUUCUUUUGCUUCUUUAUUUCUUAUUUUGCUGCCUUCAUGACAAAUAUGACAUUUAAGAUUCCUUACAGAAGUCAGCAAUUCUUCGUGUUGAAGGACAUAAUGGCAGCAUACCCUGCCGGUCAUUCAGUUAUAAUCAUCCUGAGUAACUCUAAGCUCCAGCAAUCGUCAUUGGGGGUCUUCUGGGUGAGAUAA